AUUGGCGCAAUUCGACGACUGCAAACAAAAAUAAAGAAAAAUCGGCAUCUUCAACAGAGGCGUAAAGGUUUAUACCUACGCCCAACUAAGCCAAGAAUAAGUGUUUAAUUAGCACGCGUAGCACAUAAAUACAAUAAGAGUUGGCCUUAAAAAAUAUAUAAAGUAAGUGCAUGGGUGUUAGAUUACAACGCGACAAGAUUGUUCCCCCUUUGUCGAUCGUAUAGGAGAAAUGACGACACCGUUGCAGACGCGUAUGGCCUUGGCGGAAAUACCUGAUCGUCUGGAGGCACUACGCGUUGCAAACACUCCAACGAAUGCUAACCGUCGCACUCCUGACGAACCAACGCCAGCUGCCAUUAACAACACCCCUAAUGGAGGAGGCAUUGCAGUGUUUGUGGACAAUGCGGCAAAUGUGGUGCAAACGCAGGAUUUUAACUUUUCGCCAUUACCCUCACCAGAUGAGCUGGUGAUACGACAACGAGGGCGGCGGUUCACAACCACAUUCUCGCCUAGCAGCGGAGGCCCUACAACCAUCCGUAGUCCCUUCCAGCGCACACCCACGAAAAAUCUUCAAUUAACCAGUGGCAUGAUAUUGCGCAGUUCGCCGCGCAAACGCCUAACUAUGGGAAGCACACCUCCCGAGCCAAUACCUAUGGAUAGUUAUUCGCCCAUUAAGUUAACCGGCACAAAACAGCAGCUCUGGCCGGGUACGCCAAUAGUAAAGAAACUGAAAAUGGAUGAUCGCCCUGUGGGGCAAACGAAUAGCGAUGUGCCUUUGCCUCUGUUGUUACAGGGCCUGUCGCAGCAGCAACUUAUCGACAUGGUCAUGUGCAAAAUCAAGCAGGAAAUACCUGCAGAUUGUGAAAGCGCCGAACAGCAGUUGCGCGCUCAGCUACCUACUCCAGACAUCAGUGCACUGGAGCAGGAGCUGCACUAUGCGAAACGACUGAUUUUUAAAUCCCUACCCACCUCGCGCCUGUGCAAGAAAACCGAUGCAGCUGCAUAUUCGAAGGCAGCCAUACAUCUCAAUGAGUUCAAACGGCUGCUGCAGAUGCAGGCAAAGCGAUUGCAUGAUUCCACGCACUGGGAUGCUCUGAUCGACUAUGUCAGCAUGGCCUGGCAGUGUGUGGCCAGCACACCCAACUGGGAGAGCAACUCCCACAAUGCUGUGCGUCGACAGUGUUUCAAGCUGCUUGCCUGCUCCUGCUAUGCAGCCAUCAAACAUGCUGGCGUACGACUUGGUCAGACACGACUGGAGAACUUGGAACGCAAUUUGCGUGAGUGGUCCAAGGACUAUGAAGAUGUGUUGUCCUGUGUCAAUGCGCUACAGCGCACGCUCAAUAAUCGCACCAGCUUAUAAAGCGAGAUGUAGACUCUUAGACUUAAGCACGAAUUGCUGAACUCGAUCUAGCCUUUAUGCAUUCGUUACGUUUUAAGUGUGUAGUCCUUAAGCAACGACACUUGCCCUGUGAAUCGCAUGUCAUGGCAUGUUUGUAUGUUUAAAAUUUGUUUUUCGUUUUUUACAACUAUUUGUCGUUUUAAGCAUGAGAACAAAUGCACUCAGUCCUUUGCUUUGUGGCAUAUUUAUACGUACAUAUACAUAUACAAUAUAAAAAAAAA